AUAACCAACCCAUCGUUCUUUAACUUUGAGAGCAGCUAUGAGCUUGUCAUAUAAAAAUAAAAAUUAUUUAACAGGGUCUUAAGUGGCUUAAUAUUUGAUAAAAUUAUUAGAAUAGACUCCUAAAGAUGCAGUUUAUGCUAAACCAGCUGUUUUAGAGAAUGUCAAAAAAGUAACAUAUCAAAAUGUAUGAAGAUAUUUAACAAUAGUCAACUACAUUCUUAGAAUGAAUAACAAAUAAACUUUUAACCAUCAUUUUUAAAUGAAGGAAUAAAAAAUCUUUGUGCAGAU